AUGGAAAAAGUACCGGAGAAGAAUAAGUAUAAGGGUGUACAUUAUUUACCUCAUAGAGCAGUUGUUAAAGAAAAUAGUAGCACGAGUAUAAGACCAGUGUUUAAUGCAAGUUCUCAUUCGCCUGGUUACCCAUCAUUGAACGAUUGUUUAUCUACUAGACCAAAUUUAAUUGAAAUUACACCUUCAAUUCUUAAUCAGUUUUGCAAGAAUUACGUUGGUGUCACUUCAGAUAUAGAAAAAGCAUUCUUGCAAAUAUCUAUAAGGGAUAAAGACAGAGACUUUUUGAGAUUUGUAUGGUUCAGUAUGGAUAAUCAAGAACAAGUUGAACUGUAUCGGGCAUAG